AAGUAUUUUAUUUUAUUCAAAUUGUCAGUGUUGAAAGUAACGCUCUCUAAGCUACUCAUUGUGACAUAUAUUUUUAUAUGCAAAUUUUUUGGGAAUAAAAUUUUUUUGUUGGAUUGCAACUCUGUGCAAUUUUUGUGACUCAAUUGGACAACAGCUGUGGUUUUGUUUUGUGUCAUUUGUUAGAAAAUAAUUGUCUUUGAGAAAAAGGCAAAGAAAAAAAGAAACGAAGUUAGGCUAUGGAAGACGAAAAUUUGUAAAAUCAAACAAUUUGGAUAAUUUGUGUAUUUGCAAAAAAUUAAAAACAAUAUUUGAAUUGAAAUUUUAGUUAAUUGCAGUAUUAGAAAUCACUUCAACAUCGUAUCAUAAACGCCUACAGCGAAAAGGAAAAAAGGACAUUCGCAAUACAAAUAAUUCAUAUACACACAUUUAAUGUGAAUGAUCAUGGAAAAUUUGAGUAAAGAAAUUGAAAAUAAUGCAACGUUUUUAAAAAAGAGUACAGAUACCACUGAACGGUAUGUUUUGAUCCCGAGCACCGGUCCACCACCGGUGGUCAGCUGUGCUUCUGAACCAAAUACAUGGUUGACAACGCAUGUAAAUAAUAAUAACAACUCACAUGGAACGUUAGGACUGAACAAAAAGCUAAGUGAUGAAAAUAUGCAAAAACAAAAUAGUUGGAAUUGUGAAAGUUGUGAAGCAGUGGGCGUAUCCUCGAACUAUAAACACGCCAGUCUGGAUGCCGCAUGUGCCGGUAUAGUUGAAGAUGAGGGUGGAGGUGCGAGUUAUGUCGAUCCGUUGGAAAUAAAGCAAAAUGGUUCUACAGCAUCCUAUACGACACAAAAUGUACGUUCAAUGACUACAAUACCUGAAUUUGUUAUGUCGGAAGAAGCAAAUGAAUAUUAUGCUGGAGGUGCGGCUUCGUUGACACCGCCAUGCACCUCACAUUCGAAUCGUACUUCCAUAAGUAACUCCACCGAAAAUCUUAGUUAUUCUAGUGAUAUAUUCUGUCCUGACGAUUUGAUUUUACUUGAUAAUGGUGACAUCGAAGGUGAAGAGUUAUCACUAAAUUCAGAUGAUUGUGUUUAUGCUUAUCGAGGUGAUGGUUCUGAUUUUGAAUUAGCUAUGGAAGGUGUGUCUAAUAGGCAUGUGGAUGCCGGUUUUGGUGAUGAUGAAACUGAUUUUCUUGAAAUGGAUUAUGAACCCGAUCCAUUAUCAGAAGUUGAAUAUGAUACAAUAGAUCGUAAUCAACGUAAUGAUACAUUACUUGUACAGCGCGAUGCGUGCCACUUAAGUGGGCGUCAUUCAGCAAAUAAUAUGAACUUAAAGGUUUUACCUACGCAUCGUCAACAUUUCAGUUCACCCAUAGAUGAUCUACCACCACCAAAGGCAUUGCAAUCUCAAACAAUGUUAGGAAAGAAUUUCGCACGCAUAUCUCUGCAUUUGGAUCAAAUAAAAGGUGACAGUGGUGAUUCGGAUUGUUACGAAGUGGCACGUAAUGACGGCAUUAGUGUAUUAGGUAAGAGCAAUGUAACAGAUACAACACCUUCAACAGCACAUUCUUUACCCAGUAAUUUAACGGGUAAUUUUGGACGUGAUGCUCUUAAGGAGAAAGAUAUUCAAGCAAGUCCUUCAAAGGUGACAGGAGCUAAACCAAAACGAUUAUCAUCCUCUAUAUCAUCUUCAACAUCUUCCAAGAAUUCUUCGAAAUCACGUAGCUCAUUACGCUCCUUCUUACCAAUACCAAUGGGUAACAAUAGUUUCGAUGAACGAAGUGCAAGUUGUACGGAAUUUCGCUCCGCUGCACUACCAGAUGAUACCUUAUCCACUUGUGUAGCGAAUUGCGAAGAUCUGAGUACCAACGAUGAAACUUGUUUGGACUGUUUAGAGCGUGAAUUUCUUGUCAAUACAAUAGGGAAGGCAAUAGACUCAAAGGAAUGCCCGAAAUGUCGAAAGCGUAAAACUUUAUUGAUAUUACCCAGUUCAUACGUUGAAGCGACAUAUACGAAACAAGGUCGCUGUCGUAGUGGUUCACCGUUAUUAUUUACUGAGGAUAUAUUAUAUAAUAACAAAGUAAAUGAAUUUUUCAACCCAUGCGGCCGAACGGAUUGGUCUACUAAUUAUUUACAUAGUAGUGCUGAUAAAAAAGCUACAAGCAGACAUGAUAUACAUAAUAAGUUAAAGAAUUUAAAUGAGGGUAGUUCAUAUAACCAAAGAAGGACAAAUUGUGAUAAUUAUGGCGGCGAGCAAAUGCUCAAAAAUUUAUUUGUGACUGAAAAGGAAAUUGUGACAAUUUCUACUGUGAAUUUCAAUGAAGAAUCCUUAGUGCAGGCACUGGAUCAACUUCAUAUAACCUAUGACUCUGAGCUGAUUAAAGCUUUUUUUAAAUAUAUUAAAUCAGAUAAUCAACCUAUUAAAACAUACAAGAACAUAAAACAUUACAUAUUGCAUCAAUCAAAGAAGAAUAUGAACCAUCCUAAAUUCAGUCGUCUUAUUCAGAUGGCUACGUUUGAUCAAGUUAAAGUAGAAUAUGUUAAGGACGCCGCUGUAAAGAAAGCUGAGAUGACAUCAAUAAGUGUUUUUGAAGUACUACAGCAAUGGUGUAUAAACAAAAAUAUCGAAGUUCUGCGUAAAAUGGAAAGACGUUUUGUAGAUGCAAAUGUCUUGGGUAAAGUUGCUAAUCUCAUUCGGCAGAAUAUGAGAUCUUUUCGGGAUAUACCUAGUUACAUUAACAUCCCACAGUAUUAUGAUCCCGGUUAUUUAAAAAUAACCAAAUUGUGUUAAUAAAAAGUUAAUAUUUAAAUUAAGUCCAUAAUGUAAUCUCACCUCCCAAAAUUGGUAACAUAAAAAAAUUUAAUAUGUGAAUUAAUUAAUGUUAUUUCUUUUGGUAGACAUUAAAAACACAUCUAAUUGAUCAAUGCAAAAUUGUUUAUGUUUAAAUAAGUAAUAAUUUAACAUAGUGAAUAAAAUAGAAUUAUGAAAAUGAAUAUCAUAUUGAUGUUAGUUAUUAUAGAGAAAACACACAAAUAACCAAUGUUCAGCUGAGACAAUUACUGCAUUCUGAACAUUGUGUUGUAUCACAAUAGCAAAUUAAAUAAAUAAAUCUGUUGACGCAUAUAAAAACUCUCAGUAAACACUUUCAUGCUGGGAACAAAUACUCUCAAUAAAUAUUUAUGCAAUCCACACAUGUUAUACUAUAUACAUAUUUGUAUAUUUUAA